AUGGCGAUGCCGUCCAAACGUGGGCAGGGAGAGGGGGAAGAGAAGUGGGAUUUCGUCCUGGUAAGCGACAUCCACGAAGCGGGCAGCGAAAAGGAGAUCAAGAGGAAGAAGUUCCUGGAUGAGCUGAGCAAGAAGGGGUUCACCAUCAAGAAAAUUGAGGACAAGAAGCUAUUUUAUGGAGUCCGUGCCCCCAAACAGAUCUUCCAGCAAUACCAGCAGCUCCUGAGGAGCCCCGACAGCGGGCGGCAAACCCCCGAUGCCCACCAUGACAUCCCAGUGACCACCAGGAUACGGCUCGUGAACUUCAUCCUGCAGAACACGAAGACGCCUGAACUCGAGAACCUGAACAACCUGAUGAAGAAGAAGGUCUUUGAGGCUACGUUCCCCUUGCACGAGGAAGAAGAGGUAAGGGAAUUCCUGACGGAGAAAUGGGCUCGCUGGAGGGAUAUAUUUUGCCGACAGCCGAUUGAGGAGAUCAGAGAGGUUUGGGGGGGCUCCUGGUGCCGCCAGGGGGUCACUCACAUGAUCGACAACGAGGGGACGGUGGUGUUUGCCAUGUUCAUGGCCAUCUGGGCCACUGUGUUCCUGGAGCUGUGGAAGAGGCAGAGAGCCACUGUGGUCACCAACUGGGACCUGUACAGGUGGGAUGAGGAGGAGGAGGAGCUGGCUAUGGAGCUGAUCAACAACGUGCAGCACGAACCCAGGCAGUACCAGCACUCCUACUUCCGCAGCACCAUCAUCCUCUUCUUGGUUCUGGUGAUGAUCGCCGUGCUGAUCGGCAUCGCCCACGCGCUCGUCAUCUACCGGGUGGUGGCAACGGCUCUCUUCACCCAGAGUGGCUCCGAGUUCCUCCGUGAGCAGGCCAACACCAUGGCGGUGAUGACGGGGGCCGUGCUGCACUACCUCACCAUCGUCAUCAUGACCAAGGUCAACAGGCGCGUGGCCCUCUACCUCUGCGACCUGGAGAAACCACGUACCUUCUCCCAGCGCGAGAACAACUUCACCGUGAAGAUCUUCACCUUCCAGUUCUUCACGCACUUCUCUUCGCUCAUCUACAUCGCCUUUUUCCUGGGACGGAUCAACGGCCACCCCGGCCACUACGUGCGCAUCGCUGGCAAGUGGAGGCUGGAGGAGUGCCACCCCAGUGGCUGCAUCACCGACCUCUUCAUCCAGAUGGCCAUAAUUAUGCUGCUCAAGCAGACCAUCAGCAACGUGAUGGAGUACCUCAUCCCCUGGAUCUCCUACAAGCUACGCAAGAAGCAGCAGCGCCCCAAGAAGAGAAGCAUGAUGUUAGGAGAGGAGGAGGAGGCUGAGGACCCCUGCAAAAGACAGUGGCUGAGCAACUAUCAGCUCAACAAGGUCAACGUCUUCAGCUUGUUCAACGAGUUCUUGGAGAUGGUCAUCCAGUACAGCUUCACCACCAUCUUCGUCGCCGCCUUUCCCCUCGCCCCGCUGCUGGCCUUCUGCAACAACCUCUUCGAGAUCCGCCUGGACGCCAUCAAGAUGAUGCGGCUGCACCGGCGCAUGGUGCCCAGGAAGGCCAAUGACAUCGGAAUCUGGCUGCAGGUCCUGGAGGCCAUCGGCAUCCUGGCUGUCAUUGGAAACGGGCUGGUGAUCGCCAUCACGUCCGAUUUCAUUCCUGUGCAGGUCUACAAGUACACGUACAGCCCCUGCGCGACGGAAAACAGCACGGGCGUGGACCGAGACUUCGAGCCGCACACGAAGGUGCCCGAAACGCUGCCGCGCUUUUUCAGGGAGGAGAUCAAGGAGUGCAGGUACCGGGAUUACAGGAACGCCGAUGACUACAGCUACACGGUCCAGUUCUGGCACAUCUUCGCAGCGCGGCUUGCCUUCCUCAUCCUCUUUGAGCACGUGGCUCUGUGCGUCAAGCUGAUUGCAGCCUGGUACGUCCCCGAUGUCCCCCAGCGGGUUAAGAAUGAAUUUCUGGGCAGAAAGCACAGCAACCUUCAUCGAGAACUGAGCGCUACGGCGUACUGCACCGAGGUGUAGCCACCGCUCGCCCAGGAGGAUGAGAAACGCC